GAGACACACUUCCUAGCAUUCACUUCCCCAAGACAGGUUCACGAGAGCAGCUUCGAGAACCUUAAAGUGCUCCACCUAGGUUUGACCGAGCUGGCUGUGCUUCCAGUCCAUAUCUUCGCGCCCAUCUCGGUACAGCAGAAGCCCUCUCUGUGGCAAAUCAGCUUCGCGACACCCAUUUUUCUGAGCUCUUCCCGACAAUCUUCUGCAGUGUAUCCGGCCACACACUUGGUCGCAACUACCAAAGUGAACUUUGUAAGAUCGUUAUUCGUCACCAUAGGUCGCAAGCACAAGCCCAAGCGUGGCCAGGUGCCAGAAGGCAGUUCCAAAGGCAAAGGCAAGAGAGGCGGCUGGAGGAACAGCUUAGCGAGAAGAUUUGCACAAGCGAAUUCCGAUUUCUUCCUCGGCGCCAUGGGGAACGAAGAAAGCACGCCGAUUGAUGAGUCGACACCGCCGAACACCCUGUCGGGUAGAACGCUCGAGGCGUUGGCAGAGUAUAUCAAAAGUGGCAAAGUCAAGAAAGUCGUGGUUAUGACAGGAGCAGGUAUCAGCACGAGUGCUGGUAUCCCGGAUUUCCGAAGUCCAGAGACAGGAUUGUAUGCAAAUCUGGCAAGGUUGAACUUACCCUACGCAGAGGCUGUCUUCGACAUCAGCUAUUUCAGAGAGAAUCCAGAACCUUUCUAUGCGCUGGCCCACGAGCUUUACCCUGGCAAGUACCGUCCGACUAUCACACAUUCAUUCAUAAGUCUGCUGCACAAAAGGGGUCUGCUGCUGAAGUGCUUCACGCAGAACAUAGACUGCUUGGAGCAAGAAGCUGGCGUCCCAGAGGAGAAGAUGAUAGCAGCGCAUGGCUCUUUUGCGAAACAGAGUUGCAUCGAGUGCAAAGAACCAUACCCGAGGGAUGAGAUUCAAGUACACGUCGAGAACAAGACCAUCCCGCGUUGCCACUUCUGCAAGGGUCUGGUAAAGCCUGAGAUUGUUUUCUUUGGUGAGGCACUUCCAUCGGCAUUCUUUGACAAUCGCGAUCUUCCACGUGAGGCAGAUCUUGCUAUAGUCAUGGGCACAAGCUUGACAGUGCAACCGUUUGCAAGCCUUCCAGGCUUCGCUCGAGAAGAGACGCCACGACUCUUGAUCAACAAGGAGCGUGUGGGCAAUCUCGGCACUCGGGCGGAUGACGUCUUACUAUUGGAGGACUGCGACGGAGGCGUGAAAAGACUUGCGGAAGCAUGUGGCUGGCUCGAAGAACUUGAAGCCUUGUGGGCAGAGACAUCAUCAAAGGCAGGAACAGAAAUUGGCAAGACCGCGGGUGAGCAGCCAGGAUCAGAGAAGACCAAGGAUGAGCAACUCGAAGACGAGAUUGCCAAGCUGACAAAAGAUGUGGACGAGACGCUCAAUUUGUCUCGAUGGCACACAGACAAGGUGAAGAGUGAGAAACUACCAGGCGAAAGGUCCAAGUCAGACAAGAAAUACGAAGCAUCUGCUAGUGGUCUUGGCCACGUGUUCGUGGGAAGUGCAGCGGACUCAACGCAGACGGCAACAGCUCCCAAAGUGGAUGGCUCCGGAUCAGUUGGGCAGAACAGCAGUGAGAAGGACACCAGUGGCGAUGGCUCGAAGCUGUGAGAUGCUUGAAUUAUGCAUUUUGCCUCGGAAAUUCGAAUUAUCCCCGUCAACUCCAAUGCCGACUUCCCGGCUCACUCAACAUCCUUGUCAAGCUUGUCGACUCCACUCAGGUCUGGAGUUGCCCACGGGGAAGUUCGACAGCGUUGCGAACUAAUUCAAAACCCACAAUGCUCACCACCGCUCACGAUAACUAAUCAUCUUUUUUAACAUAUAAGACAGUCCGCUUCCUCCAUACUCGAUCUACUGGAAGCACUCUACUUGCAUCACUACAAAGAUCAAUGAGCCAUGCAGUAGAGUAACACAUCUGCCGGAUCGCGCAAGGUCCCGCUCCAGCAUGUCAGCCGCCAGAACACGCGUAUUCGCACCUUCUGGACGCGAGUCUCGGCCACGCUUCAACUCAAGUGCCGGUCGAACCGCACCACUGUCGAUCCGCGCUGACCCCCAUCACAGUGGAGCUGGCGGUAUCUUGUUCCACUAUUUGGAUAUCCGGCCGGUACAGCAUCACCAAUCGAGAAAAGUGCUUGUCGAUAGUCGCAUAGGCUGUCUUUCCAUGAUCAUGGAGCACGGCGUUAUGCACAGAAGAUGGCAUUCCCCGCAAAGAGCCGGCUGAAGUGCACGCGGGAAGCACGCGCUUUUGAGAU